AUGGCAGAAGAAGAAAAUACAGUGCGUGCUUAUUUCAGGAGAAUUUAUAUAAAUACAUCUCAUUAUGUGAAAAAUUACAUGACAGCAACAGAUCAAGAAAUUCAGAAUAAUGCUGACCCAAUAAUGGAUAUAAUUGCAACAGCACCAAGUGAUUCUUUAUAUUUUAUUGAGAGAAUAAAUCUUAUAUCAGCAAUUAUAAGUAUGAGUACAUCAUUUCCUUACUUGACAUAUUUAAUUAUAUACUGGAAUGAUUGUUCAUGUAAUGACAUAUUAAGGUGGUGGAUUGUUAUCAACAGCAUAUUGCAAUUAAUACAAGCCCCCGUGCGAUUUUUCUUAUAUUUCUUGUUAAGAAAAUACAAACUGGAAAAUGAAAGGAUGCAUAUUCACGCGUUAAGAAGAUUGACUAGUUCCAAAGGUUGGAAAUUAAGUAAGAAAUUCAGUUUACUAAAUUAUUUAUGGUUUAUAACUGGUACCGUUGUGAUGGUAGUCACAAGAAAGUACACGAAGAACUUUUACCUGUGGUUCAUAUCAUGGACUAUUAUUUUAUCAUGUAUAUUUAGAGUGUUCUUUACAAUUGUUUGGUUCUGUUUUUUCUUUCCUUAUCAUCAAAAUAUUCCGAAAAAGAGAAAAGGAGUGACUAAACUUUUUUUUUCAGAAAUCCCUACUUUCAAACAUUCAGCCGACAGAAAAUUAAAAAACGAGUCAUGUUCUAUUUGUUUAUCUGAUUUUAUUGAAAAGGAUGAUAUUGUUGAAUUAAGGUGCUUACAUAAUUUUCAUACUAGAUGUGCCAAAAAAUGGUUAUCACAAAGAAGGCAAUGUCCCUUAUGUCAAAGGGAUGUUAUGAAAAUGGAUUGA